CUGCGAAGGCCCAGUUUACUAUUACAGCCCAAUAGUUUUAAAACUUUUAUGCCGCUCGUCACUGUACUUUCAAAAUUCAAGAAACACACUCUCGCUUCAGAAAUCACAAGCGGGCGGGGAAAAAAAUCCCAAAAAAAAAAAUGCAGUUGAAGGCGGAUCACCACCACUUUCUCCGGCGAGAGAACCGCCUCCGGCUCAUCGGAGGAGCUCUCCUGACGUUGGUUUUCCUCAUGCUGACCACCCCAAGAGUCCGUCACUCUCCCGCCCACCACCUGUUCGCUGAUAUGCGCAACUUCUUGGGAGUGCCCAGCACGCUGAAUGUGCUCUCUUGCUUCCCUUUCCUUCUCGUUGGUGUGCCUGGGCUCGUGCUAUGCCUCUCGGGUACAUGUUUUGGCAUAAGUUUGAAGGGAGAAAUGUGGGGAUGGGCUUUGUUCUAUGGUGGGAUUGCAGCGGCAGCGUUUGGGUCUGCUUACUAUCACUUGAAGCCGGAUGAUGAUCGGGUUGUUUGGGACAAAUUGCCUGUAAGAUUUUAUUUUAUCUUCUUUAGGCUUUUA